AUGUUGGUGGCCUUGACGCGGAUCCAGGCUUCUGUCCACGCAAAACUUGCCGCCGUCUGCAUGGAAGAUGUCGAGCAGUUUGUUGGUGCCUUUGAGAGUGCCUGCUUGAGCCUCACCACGAAUCCGGAGAUGCAGCUGUCCUUCAGAGCUGUCCUGCAUUGCUCAAUGAGGUUGGAGGGACCCUAUACGAAGCUGCGGAAUGCCUUGCAUCAUCGUCUCCAUCUGCUUGGGGCCGCCGGCCGGGGUUGGCCAUUCCUGCGGGAGGCGCUGACGGAGAUGCGGCGAUCUCCGAACAAGCGGAGGCUUAGGACCCUUUCGGUCACGGAGGCCGCAGCUUCCGUGGAUGGGGCCUAUGCGAAGCGGUUCAAGGCUCGCUUGGAGAGGGCCUCGAAGGCCACAGAGGUGCGCCUGGCAAUAGCCUCGAAGGCCUCGGUGGCUGCACGUCGCAGACAG